ACAAUCCGUCAGCACACGGGUUUUAAAAACUACGUAAUAGAGCAUCCGGGUCUCUCGCACGCCACCCAAGUUAAGAUGACCAAGAAGAGAAGGAACAACGGUCGUGCCAAGAAGGGCCGCGGCCACGUCCAGCCUAUCCGAUGCACCAACUGUGCUCGCUGUGUGCCCAAGGACAAGGCCAUCAAGAAGUUUGUCAUCAGGAACAUCGUGGAGGCGGCUGCUGUCAGGGACAUCUCUGAGGCCAGUGUGUUUGAUGCUUACGUCCUGCCCAAGCUGUACGUUAAGCUUCAUUACUGUGUGAGCUGUGCCAUCCACAGUAAAGUGGUGAGAAACAGGUCACGGGAGGCCAGGAAGGACCGCACACCACCACCGCGCUUCAGGCCUGCUGGUGCUCCCCCAAGAGUCCCUCCAAAACCCAUGUGAAGUGGACGUUUGCCUGUGUUCUGUGUAAAGAAAGAAUAAAGAAAGUUCACUUGUGGAUGUAAA